AACUAGAGUUGCUAUCUGAACUUUGUGGAGCUCAUAUGUAUGUAAUUCCCUACCUGUUACUGAAAUGGAGUUUUGAAAACCAUUCAAGUAGAUAAACCUCUUGCAUCCAAUGGCUAUAAACUUGUUUCAGAACCAUACAAAAAACUUGUUCCAUUUGAACAUUUAUGAUAUAAGGGCUGUGCCAACCACAAUCUGAGUGGUGAUAGAAGAGAUAAUAAAGCAACGCGUACAACGCUGCCACGUGGCAGAUAGGGUUGGAUGCGUGCCAACCACAAUCUGAGUGGUGAUAAAGGAGAAAAUAAAGCAACGCGUACAACGCUGCCAAGUGGCAGAUAGGGUUGGAUGCAACUUCAGGUCGUUACGUGUUGCAAACACACUACUUCCACAAGCUCACACCCUUAAUAAGUUGUCACAAAACACAAACCUAGUGCAUAGCAUAUUCCAGUGUUUUUCAUUUCAUCGUGCAUUCAAUGGCCACCACAGCAGCUCUAUCCGGAACCAUGGUGAGCACCUCCUUCAUGAGGAGGCAACCUAUGACCACCACAAGCCUAAAGACAUUCCCCAACGUUGGUGAAGCUCUUUUUGGUCUGAAAAGUGGACGAGGUGGUCGUGUCACUUGCAUGGCCUCGUACAAGGUGAAGCUCAUAACCCCAGAAGGAGAAGUGGAGUUUGAAUGCCCAGAUGAUGUUUUCAUUGUUGACAAGGCAGAGGACGAAGGCAUUGAACUUCCCUACUCGUGCAGGGCCGGUUCUUGCGUUUCCUGUGUUGGCAAAAUUGUGGAAGGUAACGUGGACCAGUCAGAUGGUAGCUUCCUUGAUGAUGAGCAAAUAGAUAGUGGCUGGGUUCUCACCUGUGUUGCUCAACCUAGGUCAGACGUUGUCAUUGAGACACACAAGGAGGGAGAGAUCGAAUGAUCAAUAUAUAUAUAUAUGAUGUAAUCUUAUCCAUUGCUGUUCUAAUUCUAUCUAUAUCUUGGAUUUUUUAUUUUGUUAUAGUGAUUUGGCAUAUUUGUGACAAAUAGUGAGUUUAUUACUUUUGUCAUAUUUGUGAAAACAAGUGAAAUUGUUGCACCUUAAUUCAUUAGUUUGGUGAUGCUUUUCUUACUGUUUAUGCACAAUAGUUUUUCUUGA